CAGUCCUAAAUCAAUCAAACAAAAAAAUGACAGCUCUAAACUAAUUUGUGAUGAAAUUGUUUUCCCAAGUGAUUUUCAUGUAAUCAGCCAGAUAACAAUCCUGUAAACAAUGGAGGCGGUGCCCAAGUUGCCGUUGUUGAGUUUCGAGCUAAAAGAGAGUCCGGAGACCACACACUUUGGGCCAAAACUUAAGCAGUACAUUGCGGACGCGUACAGGGAAGACCCUGAGAGCUAUAGCAAUGAGAUGCAUCAGCUGGAAAGCCUGCGGUCGUCCGCCGUGAGGCCUUCUAUUGACGCAGCAGGUCUGAGCGCGCUAUACAGAUAUUUCUGCCAACUCAGAGCCAUCCAGAGCAGGUUUCCGAUGGCUAAAGGACAACCAGCGGCUUGUACAUUUGCGUGGAAAGACCUCUAUGCAAACAUGAGCAGUCCCCUAGCAGACAUUCGUUUUGAAAUGGCCUGCAUCUUACACAACAUUGGGGCUCUGCACACCCAGCUUGGGGCUUCAGAGCCUCGCACAUCCCCAGAAAGUCUAAAGACGGCAUGCACCCACUUCCAAAAUGCAGCAUGGGCCUUUCAGCUGGUGAAAGAACAGUAUCCACAGCCAACAGGGAUAGAUGUGUCACCAGAAAUGAUGGCGUUGUUCCAGGAGAUCUGCUUUGCUCAAGCACAGGAGUGUAUACUUGAAAAGAGUAUUCAGGACACUAGGAAACCUAGUGUUAUAGGUGCUGUGGCAACCCAGGUGAUGUUUUUCUACCGUAACUGCCUGAACCACCUCGGAGCAUCAACUGGCUCUGAAAACGUCCAUGAAAUAAUUGGCGGCAAGCUCUACAACUUCUGGCACCGGUUCUUGUCGUUCAAAUUGUCUUAUAUUGGCUGCAUUGUGUGCUUAUAUCAAGGAAUGAACGCCGAAGAACAACAGAAGAUGGGCGAACGCGUUGCCUUCUACCAGCUCGCCGUGGACAAGCUUGCCGAAGCCCAGAAGCUCGCCAAAUACGUAGAACCUGUCCAGGUCACCAAGGAAGCCCUCACAUUCACCAACGACGUGGUGGAGGGGAAGCGGAAAGCGGCGAAGAAUGAGAAUGAAUUUAUAUAUCAUGAGGAAGUGCCGGAUAAGGAUUUGCUUAUGGAUAUGAAGCCGGUGUGCUUGGUUAAGGCUUUGCCGGUCAAUUUGAAUGAUCCUGAGGUGUCAGGUCCUGACAUAUUCUCCCGCCUGAUCCCAAUGGGAGCUCACGAGGCCUCCUCCGUCUACUCUGAAGAGAAGGCCAAGCUGCUCCGCCAAGUCGUCGGCCAAGUGGAAGCCAAGAACACCGAGCUUACUGAGUUCAUGUCAUCAUUGCAACUUGAUCAGUUAGAAGUGCUGGAUUCUGAUCAAAAGAUCCCUCAAGAGAUAGUGGACAGAUGUGCAGCCAUGAACGCCAAGACCGAGGUUAUACAAACGCUGGUGGAUUCCAUGAAUAAUCUCGCUGAGAUCAUCAGCGACGUGGAGAACUCGCUCGCCGAAAUCAAGACGCUCAUUCAGGAAGAAACAUUGAAAGAAAAAGAAUUCCAAAAGGUCAUGGGACCACGCCCACCCUCCAUAGUGCAAACCGAACUAUCCAGAGAGUUCCACAAAUACCAGGAGGCCCACGCGAGAACCAACGAGUCCAACCAAGUGCUGCACAAAGCUAUGACGCUACAUAUAGCUAAUCUGAGGCAGUUAGCUGUGCCAUUAGAUGUUCUGCAGAGUAGGAUUCCUACCAUCGAUAAUAUUGAGGGCUUGGACCGGGAAGCCAUGUCGGAAAUGCGUCGCGUCGUCGGCAAGGCGCGCCACAUGCAGGCCCAGCGCGAGCAGCUGGUGAGCGCGCUGCGCGCCGCCGUGGCCGCGGAUGACGUCACGGCGGCGUUGCUGGCGCGCGCCGCCGAGCCCCGGGACCAGCUGUUCGCGCAGGAGCUCGCUAAACAUGACCCUCAGGUGAAAAUAAUAGAAACAAACCUCGCGGCUCAAGAGAACAUCAUCAACCGCCUGACGUCGCUAUACGCUUCGUAUGGAGAGUCACGACGUAUGCUGUCGGACUUGCUGAGGAAGCGAGAGAGCAUCAUCAACGCCCUCAUAACCUCCUACGACACGUACGGCGAGCUCCUCGGCAAGUGCCAGAAGGGCCUCGAGUUCUACAAGAAGUUGAGCCACAACGUCAACCAACUGCUCACGAGGCUGCGAGGAACAUGCCAAGUUCAAGAGGAGGAGAGAGAGUCACUGCUUGCCAAGAACAGUAAGGGUAGUAAAGCGGCCACCCCCGUACCGUCUUCACCGGCAAGAAUGGAGAGGGCUGACAGCGUCGAGCCUCGAAGCGAGGGCUCCGGCCUCAAACUGAAGGACUAUCUGCCGUAUAUGAAGAAGAGGCAACUGCCCAAAACCCCUCAAGGGACAGGUCAACCAGAAACGUUACCGCCAGAAGCGUACUACCCAGAGUCGAUAUACCCAACAUCCGUGAGACCAGCUCCUGUUGGAUCAGAAGCUACUGAUCCAACCCAAAUGCAACUGCCAGACGGUGUGGUCAUGCCUCAAAUGAUGCCUCACCAGUACGCCCGCUACGGCACACCCUACACCCAAGAGCCCGAACCCUACUCCACACCCUCAAACUUCUCCUACCCUUCCAAAACCUACGAAAAACCCGAGGACAACCCUUUUUAUUCAGCCUACACCCCUCCUCAGUACUCCCACCAAAUGUCCAACCCACAAACAUACGCCAACCCUUACUAUUCUGGCUCUCAAGACAGUGGGACUAUAAUAACCGAUUCACAAAGUAACUCUUAUACUAUGCAAAGCCAAGCGAACGCUAACAUGGCUACUAAUAGCCAAAGCGUGCCAAGCAGCGCCUCAAGCAAUAGCCAAACUAACGCACCAUAUAUCUACGAUAUGUACGGGCAAAAUCAAAUAGCACCAAUCCCUGAAAAUCCAUCAAUGACUUAUGCAGGUCAUGAUUUGAGCGCUAACUUCUCUCAAAUGCAAGUAUCAGCGCCUAAAGAUUAUCAACCGCCGAAUUUCGGUAACGAUUAUUCACAAACGUAUUAUAGCGUGAACUACCCACAAGCGGCCACGCCUAAUAUGGCUACAUAUAGUAACGCUGAACAGAGUAACUCAAACACUAAUUCUACGCAAAGUACUGAUUAUAAUACAGCGAUAAAUUAUCCAUACGCUCCUAAUUCUGCGUCAACGUACGCACCCAAUUCUGCUGUUUCAACGUACGCACCCAAUUCUGCGGGUUCAACGUACGCACCCAAUUCUGCAGGUUCGACGUACGCACCCAAUUCUACGGCUACUUCGUACGCGCCUGCCUCCGUUGCUUCAUAUGCUCCUAACCCUGUGACUUCUUCGUACGCUCCUAAUUCUGCUGCUUCCAAUUACGCACCUAAUUCUACGGGUCCUACUUACGCCCCUAACUCUGCUCCUACUGUUCCUGCGUACAGUGAGCAAUAUAACUACACAACAGGCUACGAAGCAUCAUCACAAAGCUACCCCGUAUACACGAACGCUGAUACUACAGCCUACUCUACCACCACAGUUACCAAUGUCCCAGUAUCCAUCGAGUCACCAUACAAUCCGCCCGAACCGAAUCCAGCACUAUCCCAAAUAGACGCUUACGACCAACCAAUCAAGUCCCAUGUCACCGGAGAAGCAUUGAACUACCCUAGCUACCAAAGUUACGAGCCUAGCUACACCCCAACCCCUAACCCAGAGACAACACCGACCCACCAACCAAACAACUUCUACCAAGACCCAGCGAACGUGAACUACGCGCAUACCUAUCAAAAUCAUCCGGGUUAUAACUUCAAUCCAGGCACAGGAGGUUUCGACUAUAACUACGGCUCUCAGAAUUCUUAUGCCAGCUACGUGCAACCAAAUAUAGACUCUCAGUCGAACCCUAAAGAUCCAAAUUGGAACGCGCAAGGGGUCUACACGAGCGCUGGAGCGUGUGAAACUGUCCAAUCCCCUUCAGAAACCCCUCAAACGCCGCAGCCAAGCGACAAUCAGACUUAUUACAAUACGCCGUACGGAUAUAUUACUAAUACUAAUCAGUCACAAGAGGUGGUGUCGAAUCCUGAAGUGACGACUACGAAUUAUGGUGCCAAUGUGAAUCAGUCGACUUAUAUGCAGUCUGGGGAACAGUACAACACUAAUGUCACCUUUAGUAAUAACAAAGUAACGACACCCAAGGAAGAAAUAGAGGAGCCAACUUUUGAGGCAAAACCAGAGCCGAUCCAAAGUCCACCGGAACCAGAAACUCAAGAACCUCCACCAAUUAAAGAAGAGUCUGAACCGGUCCCAGAGCCCUCCGUUUUCGACUUAUUAUCAGACAUAGAUUUCUCAGUCGAACAAACACCUCUAACGCCUCAAAUAAAAGUACCACAAAUAUCAGAAAGCGCGAUCAAAAAGCCUUUACCAGUGCCUAAAGUUGAACCAAUUCCGAAACCAGUGCCAAAAGAAGAAGUGAUACAACGGCCAGCUAAAAGGGACCUGUUUUCGGACCCUAGUUUGCUGAAUAGUUUUACGCAGGAGGUGAAGAAUUUGCAGGCCUUGGUUGACUCGUUGACGAAUAAAGUGCAGGGUGGAUUGACGCUGUUGGACUCUAAGUGGAAGUCGUUCCAGGAUAUACAAAGUAAAGAAAACAUGACGCGAUCGAAGAACAUCGCGAAACAAUAUAAGAGUGGCAACAUCGCGCCCUACGACGACUCCCGACUGACGCUCAGGAGUGACGCGAAUGCGUACAUCAACGCUUCUUAUUAUAAGCAACUGGCUCCCUGGUGCAUUCCCCUGGUGAUAUCCUCGAUGCCACAAGAGAGGAGCUACAGUGUUUUCUGGAAGGCCGUGUUGGAAAACAAAAUCACGUCUGUCGUUUGCUUGCUGAGCGAAAUUGAGAUGCAAGGCAAAUUCUACUGGCCGACGGCGAAGGGCCAAUCCUUAGACCUCCCCGGAGUUAAGGUGGUGCUGGAUGACGUCACAUGCACUGUACAUUGGACCGAACGGAAACUUACAGUGGUCCACGGGAGUACUGUGCAUAAAGUGAACCAUUAUCAAAUCAGCGUAUUCCCUGCCAAAAUCGUCUGUUCUCCUCUCAUCCUCCUCGUGGACAAGAUCCUAUCGGAGACCUUUGAGAACCGUCUCAGUAAUCAGCUCAGCGGCGCCUGGCUUCAAUGCGGUACGGGUGGCGGGCGGAGCGCGUUACUGGCGCUAAUUAUAGCGCUCGUGUGCCAAGUGCGCGCGGGACAGCCGCAGCUGUGCGAUACACUGGACGCGGCGUGUGCGAACCUUUACAAGCACCGUACGGACGUGUUGGAGGACACCAAGUUCCUCGCCGACGCGUACAGAACGGCGCUGUUCUACGUGCAAGGAGUGCUUUGCUCUGGUACUACCUCAUUCAACGGCGAAGCCAUCUCGGUCCCGACCGGGGCGUCCGUAUUACCCCCCGUCACGCCCACCCCCACCCCCACCGCCGCCAGCUCCCAAAGAACCAAGUUCUCCCGAGAAUCCUUCGAGGAGAUGAAACAGUCGCCCGGCCUCAAGAGCGGAGACAUGAAGGACCCGCUCAACUUUCUCGAUCCACUGUGGAGCUUGAAGAAGAAAUAAAUCGAUUUUAGACUUUGAUGUGUUAUAAUAAGGUUGGUUUUAGCUGAAACAUCCUCAACGAAAAAGUGGACGAUUUCAUA